AUGACCUCUCACUUCAACGUGCGUUUCAUCCGAGAACAACAUUCUUUUCCAAUGUUCCACCGUCCAAUCAUUAUAAGAUGUUUAUCCUUCAUUCUUCCUGUCAAAAGCGGUUUUUAUGUGGUUUUCUGGCUGGUCGAUCCAUUUCAAGUAGCCGUCUCUCUAUCUAUCUAUCUAUCUAUCUAUCUAUCUAUCUAUCUAUCUAUCUAUCUAUCUGUCUAUCUAUCUAUCUAUCUAUCUAUCUAUCUAUCUAUCUAUCUUCAUCUGAUCUGUUCAUUAUCAUCUAUCCAUUAUCUAUCUAUCUAUCUAUCUAUCUAUCUAUCUAUCUCUGGGUUGGCUCAUUCAUUCUAUUUAUCUGAAACUGUCCAUUAUCUAUCUAUCUAUCUAUCUAUCUAUCUAUCUAUCUAUCGGUUAUCUAUCUAUCUAUUCUCUAUUCAUUUAUCUGAAACUGUCCAUUAUCUAUCUAUCUAUCUAUCUAUCUAUCUAUUUAUCUAUCUGUCUAUCUAUCUAUCUAUCUAUCUAUCUAUCUAUCUAUCUAUCUAUCUAUCUAUCUGUCUGUUCAUUUAUCUAUCUGAAACUUCUGUUCAUUAUCUAUCUGAAACUGUCCAUUACCUAUCUAUCUAUCUAUCUAUCUAUCUAUCUAUCUAUCUAUCUAUCUAUCUAUCUAUCUGGGUCGGCUCAUUCUCUAUCUAUUUAUCUGAGUCUGUCCAUUAUCUAUCUAUCUAUCUAUCUAUCUAUCUAUCUAUCUAUCUAUCUAUCUAUCUAUCUGUGUCUGUCCAUUAUAUGUAUGUCUAUAAAUUUGUAAAAAAAGAAAUAUGCAGCAGCAUCAACUGUGACAAUUGUUCUUUUCCGAUAAGCAGUUUGUUACACUAUACACAAACACUACCCCUGUCUCUCCAGCUCUCUCCUUUUGUAUACUAUACCUCCAUCCCUCCUUCCCUAGUGAUCACAAAAGCCAAUAUCAAAUCUAUCUGUCCAUCUCGCCAUUCAUCCGGCUGGUCGCUCGGAACAUGGCAGUCGGUCAACGAUCAAAGAAUCGUCUCCGAAAUGAAAGCUUACAGUCGACUACAGCUGCAAGAAAUUUUACAGGAUGACGGCGACCACGGUCUUUCCCAGCUGCAAUCAUUCCUUCUUGUUCUCGGUCCUGUAGUUGUCGGCUGCAGCAGUUGUGUUCUCAUCCUGGUUUGGAUCGCUCACUGA